AUGUCAACACAAGAAGAAUUUACGGUUCCAUUAUCACAGUACGAUAAAGCUGUAGAGAGGGCAGUAAAGGCUGAAACAAAAAUGGACUCAAAUGAUGCAUUAAAAUGGUUUGUAACAGCCCGUUCUGCAAUAGAAGAUUUUGAAGAGACACAUUUUCGUAAGAUAAGAAUUCAAGUAUCAAAGGAUAUAAACGAUUUAUUUGAAAGAAGACGAUUAAGAAGAGAGUUGAGAUGGCAACAUAUCUUGGAAAACAGCGAAGGUUAUCCUGUUAAAAAGUUAUUAGAGCGACUAGAACAGAAUAAUAUCACCAAAGACCAAUUUUGUUUACGAAUUUCCCUUGCUUACGGGCUGUUAUCAAAAAUGAUACACAACACAGUGUUAACGCCAGGCUCUGGGAAAAUACUUUUCAGUUUCCUAACAACGGAUGAAGAUGUCAAUAAAGCUAUAAAAAUUUUCAUGCAGGGGUUUGAAAUAAAAGAUCAGAUUAUUGAAAUAAUUAAAUGA